AUGUCUUCCUCUCUCAACGGAGAACCCGAUCGCGCUGGUUUCCCCUUCUACCUCUUUUCCACCAUCCUUCUCUUCAACCUGGACGUCGCAGCGCUAGUGCUCACGCGGAACCUUCGCGUCGACUCCAACAGCACGUGCGAGCUUCAGAUCACACUCGCCGCCACCCUCCACGAGCGCCUCCUUUAUCUCCUUCAAGUCGUUCAUCUCGCGUCGAACGGCGUCGUUCCUGACGAGAUCGCCGCUAGUUCCGGAGUGGACUUCGACCUCAACGCACUUUUCGAACUCGGAUCGGACUUCCCUCCUUUCCCCGUCGUCCUCUUCCUCCAGCGCUACCCCGAUCACAGUCAACUUGCCGGACCGACCCCGUGCUCGAUCUGGACCACCGUCUGGAGCGAUUACCUACGCUGCGCACACGCCUCAAUGGAUUGGAUCGCGCGGGCCAUGCGGGUCACCAUCGGGAUCCUGGGAGAGCGGUCCGCGUGGCGAUGGACCUCGCACUCGUUCUCACCCUCGUGGGUGAUCGUCGGAGAAGAUUACGCCGACGUCCUCUUGGCCAGGGACCUCCGGAAGACGUCUCAGGGCCUGGACCUUCUCGCCGAAGCAAUGCGAAGUCGUGGCAUCCUCGGGGCUAUCGCCGACGCCCUCGGAGUCGUCGACGUGUACGCGCAAGUCUACUGCGACGACAUCCUCAUAGGGGUUGGUAACCUCGACGUCUUCAACGGAGUGGACCUCGCUUCCGUAGUCUCCGCAUUAUCGCCGAGUACCAGGGAACCCUUUGACAACGGCGAGCUGGCCCUUCUCUCGUCCGAGGUCAAAACAGUCGAAAUCCAUUUCCGCAGCAAGGACCACACUGACACUGAACGGCUCGUGGCACAAGCACAUCAGCUAGCCGUGCUCAGAACGAUCUGCGCAUCGUGUCCCCACCUGCAACGCGUCCAUAUCUCGCACUCCCUGAUACCGUUCGACUUCAUUAUCCGCACUCUCGUGCCCCUGGCGUCGCUCAAGGAAUUUGGGAAUAUUCGCUUGCGCUCCCUCAAGGACAUCCAAGACCUUGGACUUCUCCCAUCUCUCGUCUCUCUCACGGAGUUGUCCCUCGGGCUCUACUUCUACCAAAUCAACAACGCACGGUUUACUCUGCGGAGAUCCUUCGAACUCCCGCAUAUCCGCGCGCUCAACCUCCUCUGUACGGGUCCACAUCAGUGGCAUCGCGUCGUGGAAGUUAUCACGCACUUGCAUACACCCACGCUCUCUUCCCUUUCCCUCCAGACGACACACGACUCACUGUGUGAAUUCUACUCGUCAAGUUUCCAAACCGCCCUUGCCGCAAUGACCAACCACUGGUCUCGCCUCCGUUCAAUGAGCAUCGCGAUCAAACGGGACAACCCCUAUGAGCAGGAUUCCGUCGUUCCGCUCUCCGGCAUGCUCCAGACCCUCAGCGCCCUGAGCACGCUCGCCGACCUCACGAUCACUCUCCAUCUGAAGUGUCCCCGGAUCUCCCUGUCCUCCGAAGAUAUCCAGGCAGCGGUCAGUGCGUGGCCCGCGCUCGAGAGCCUCCGGUUGUACACCAACCUGGAGCUGGCGCCCGUCACCUCGAACCUCCCCGACGGGAGCGCACGCGUCACGAUCGACGCGCUGGCGCACUUCGCGCGGGGCUGCUCGGAGCUGAAGGUUCUGCAUCUGCGCGUUCCCGGAAUCGACGCCACGGUGCUUUCCGCGAGCGUGGACGAAGAAGACCUGACGAAGGGGACGACGUGUACGCAGCGCACGCUGAAGGAGCUGGUGCUAGGUGGUGUGGUAUCGAGCUGCCAGGACUGGACUGCGGUGAGGGAGGGCGUGGUGCAGUACGCAUCGGAGUUGUUCCCCGUAGCCAACGUGUAUCUGGAUUCAUCCGGCCACCCCAAAUACUGCCGCACGUACGGAAAAGACACGCUCCACCUCUGCGAAGGAGAACUCGCGUAG